ACUCGAGUCAGCAUUCAGUUGAGCGCCGUACACGUUCGAAGCAGGUUGUGUUUCGUGAAUCUCUUGCUCUACUGGUGUUGUGCUGCUCUACUCUGCUGUACCCUUCGGUACAGUUAGUGGUGGUGUUGCGUUGCAAGUAUCCCUGCACACACGCACACACGGUCGGUGUGGUGUUGCAGAGUGUGUGUUGGUGUUAGCAUAAGUAUUCUAGAGUGUAAGUUUAUUCCCUCGAUCGAAGAAAAAAUGACAGUGUGAGAAGAAACGAAUAAAAAAGUGAGCACCGAGCAGAAGCGAGGAAAGAAAAGUGUUCAAGGAGAAUCGAUUUUACGAAAGUGUGUUAAAAUCCGCCAAGGAAAAACGAAGGAGUAACAAGAAGGCCUACUUAUUGCCCUUGCACCCCCAGGAACAGGAAAAAUCUUCCGGAGCAUCCCACCUCAUCACAGAAACACACCAAAGGAAGUUGAAGUUGUCUAACAGGAGUUAGAAAAAAAGGCAGACAUAACCAUAAACCGCGCUCGGCUGGUACUGCUGAGUUACCAGCUGCUAGUACUACUUCCUCCGCGGAAGGAAAACUCUCGGGAGGAAGGAGAGGGGUUCGAAAAACCGUUGCGCAACCUUUACAGGCGCACGCGGCACCCCAUUCGUCGCGAUACAGAGCGCGGGCCAAAAACCGCUGCCAACCAUUGUAAUCAUGGCCUCCGAGACCGGUAGGGCGGACUCGUAUCGAGUCGCCACCGUGGCACCACUGAAGGAUGACAACCUUACCGCCGAUGGCCAAUAUAAGGCAAGACGCAAAAUGCCGCCAAAGAAGAAAGGAGAUAAUUUGGAUGACCUGAAGCAGGAGUUGGAUAUUGAUUUUCAUAAAAUCACCCCGGAAGAGUUGUAUCAGCGUAUGCAAACACAUCCAGAAAAUGGUCUCAGCCACGCUAAAGCAAAGGAGAACCUGGAACGAGAUGGACCAAAUGCGCUCACCCCACCUAAACAGACACCCGAAUGGGUCAAGUUCUGUAAGAAUCUCUUCGGUGGCUUCGCCCUGCUACUGUGGAUCGGUGCUAUCCUCUGUUUCAUCGCAUACUCUAUCCAGGCCAGUACCGUCGAGGAACCGGCCGACGAUAACCUGUAUCUCGGCAUCGUGCUGGCCGCCGUCGUUAUAGUUACCGGUAUUUUCUCGUAUUAUCAGGAAUCGAAAAGUUCCAAAAUCAUGGAAUCCUUCAAGAACAUGGUGCCCCAGUUCGCCACCGUAUUGCGCGAGGGUGAGAAGCUGACACUGCGCGCUGAAGAUCUUGUCAUCGGCGAUGUCGUUGAGGUCAAGUUUGGCGACAGGAUACCGGCGGAUAUUCGUAUCAUCGAAGCUCGAAAUUUUAAGGUCGACAACUCAUCGCUUACCGGAGAAUCUGAGCCACAGUCCCGUAGUCCCGAGUUCACCCAUGAGAAUCCCCUGGAAACCAAGAAUUUGGCCUUCUUCUCGACGAAUGCCGUCGAGGGCACAGCUAAGGGCGUGGUCAUCAGCUGCGGUGAUCACACCGUGAUGGGUCGUAUCGCUGGUCUCGCCUCCGGUCUGGACACUGGUGAAACUCCGAUCGCUAAGGAAAUUCACCAUUUCAUCCAUCUGAUUACUGGCGUGGCCGUGUUCCUCGGUGUAACCUUCUUCGUGAUUGCCUUCAUCCUCGGCUACCAUUGGUUGGAUGCUGUGAUCUUCUUGAUCGGUAUUAUCGUCGCUAACGUCCCGGAGGGUCUGCUGGCCACUGUGACCGUGUGUUUGACCCUUACUGCCAAGCGUAUGGCAUCGAAGAAUUGUCUGGUCAAGAAUUUGGAAGCCGUGGAAACCCUCGGUUCGACCUCGACCAUCUGCUCGGAUAAGACCGGUACUCUAACCCAGAACCGAAUGACCGUUGCUCACAUGUGGUUCGAUAAUCAGAUCAUCGAAGCCGACACAACGGAGGACCAGAGCGGUGUCCAGUACGAUCGCACCAGCCCCGGAUUCAAGGCCCUGUCCCGCAUCGCUACGCUGUGCAACCGUGCCGAGUUCAAGGGAGGUCAAGAUGGUGUUCCAAUUCUGAAGAAGGAAGUCAGUGGUGAUGCCUCCGAAGCUGCUCUGCUCAAGUGUAUGGAACUUGCCCUCGGAGAUGUGCUGAGCAUCCGCAAGCGUAACAAGAAGGUGUGCGAAAUUCCGUUCAACUCUACCAACAAAUACCAGGUUUCGAUCCACGAGACGGAGGAUGCUAGCGAUCCGCGUUAUCUGCUGGUCAUGAAGGGUGCCCCCGAACGUAUCCUGGAACGCUGCUCGACCAUCUUCAUCAACGGCAAGGAGAAGCUGAUGGACGAAGAAAUGAAGGAAGCCUUCAAUAAUGCCUACCUGGAGCUGGGAGGUCUCGGAGAGCGUGUGCUCGGAUUCUGCGACUUCAUGCUACCGUCGGACAAAUUCCCCCACGGCUUCAAGUUCAACUCGGAUGAUGUGAACUUCCCCUGCGAGAACCUGCGCUUCGUCGGCCUUAUGUCCAUGAUUGACCCUCCACGUGCGGCUGUCCCGGAUGCCGUUGCCAAGUGCCGCUCUGCCGGUAUCAAGGUUAUCAUGGUCACUGGUGAUCACCCGAUUACUGCCAAGGCCAUCGCCAAAUCAGUUGGUAUCAUUUCGGAGGGUAACGAAACCGUUGAAGACAUUGCCCAGCGUCUCAACAUCCCGGUUUCGGAGGUUAAUCCACGUGAGGCUAAGGCCGCCGUUGUGCACGGUUCCGAACUGCGCGAUCUGUCCUCGGACCAGAUCGACGAAAUUCUGCGCUACCACACGGAAAUCGUGUUCGCUCGUACCUCCCCGCAGCAGAAACUCAUCAUCGUCGAGGGUUGUCAGCGCAUGGGUGCCAUCGUAGCCGUAACCGGUGACGGUGUGAACGAUUCGCCAGCCCUGAAAAAGGCCGACAUCGGUGUUGCUAUGGGUAUCGCUGGCUCCGAUGUGUCGAAACAGGCCGCCGAUAUGAUUCUGCUCGACGACAACUUUGCCUCCAUCGUGACGGGUGUCGAAGAGGGCCGUCUGAUUUUCGACAACUUGAAGAAGUCCAUCGCGUACACGCUGACGUCUAACAUUCCGGAGAUCUCGCCUUUCCUGGCGUUCAUCCUGUGCGACAUUCCGCUCCCGCUCGGUACCGUCACCAUUCUGUGCAUCGAUCUGGGAACUGACAUGGUACCCGCCAUUUCGCUGGCCUACGAGCACGCCGAGUCCGACAUCAUGAAGCGACCUCCACGUGAUCCGUUCAACGACAAACUCGUGAACGAAAGACUUAUUUCGAUGGCCUACGGUCAGAUCGGUAUGAUCCAGGCCGCCGCCGGUUUCUUCGUGUACUUCGUCAUCAUGGCUGAGAACGGAUUCCUCCCGCUGAAGCUGUUCGGUCUCCGCAAGAGUUGGGACUCGAAGGCCGUCAACGAUCUAACCGACUCGUACGGACAGGAAUGGACCUACCGCGAUCGCAAGACGCUCGAGUUCACCUGCCACACCGCGUUCUUCGUUUCCAUCGUCGUCGUCCAGUGGGCCGAUUUGAUCAUCUGUAAGACUCGCCGUAAUUCGAUUUUCCAUCAGGGUAUGAGAAAUUGGGCGCUCAACUUCGGUCUCGUUUUCGAGACGAUACUGGCCGCCGUCCUCUCGUACACCCCCGGCAUGGACAAGGGCCUUCGCAUGUUCCCACUCAAAUUCGUCUGGUGGCUGCCAGCCUUGCCGUUCAGCUUGUCCAUCUUCGUGUACGACGAAAUUCGUCGUUUCUACUUGAGACGCAACCCAGGCGGCUGGUUAGAGCAAGAAACGUACUACUAGGUCAACAAAUUUAUAUUUAAAAAGAUUAAUUAAAAGAAUGAAGCUGAGAGGAAGCGCGGAGAUAAAAACAACAGUAAAAAAUAACAAAAAAUGAGCAUAAAAAAGUAAUUAUAUUUUUUUAAUUAUUAAAUUUAUAUAAAGUUAUAAAUUAUGAUUUCCACACACAACACACGAGAAAAAUAAGCAAGAUGUUAAACGCAAACCUAGCUGAGGAAAAAAAAGUGAAUGAAGUUUAAAAGCAGUAUCUCCCGUCCUCAUCAAGUCAUACUUUCCCCCCGCAUUACCCCGCAUCGCGUAUUUCUCAUUCAAACACGCACUCCCUCUCCCACACGCGUCUCGCCAGCGGAUCAGAGUCACCCGCAUGCAAUCAGCCGAACCCGGCAAAUGUCGUACAAAGAGGUGCCAUACAGCGCAAGAGUGGUUUUGGCGGUCAUUCUGGCGGAAAAUCAACAACAGCCACACCCUCGCAUUUUUCUGGAGCAGCUUAUCAUCGGAUACCACGAGCGAUUGGGGAUGUCGGCAAAACAGACCAAAAUUGGAAGCAAAAAAAAAGAAGAGACAGCAAAAAAGGUGUAAAAAGAAUAGAGAAUCACUGUUUUUUAAUCGGCACCUGUGUACUUGCGAUUUGUACACUCGCCCACUCUACACAUACACACACGCACGGGAUCACAAACGUGACCCUCCAAAAUCCUUGCGCGUGCGCGUAUUCGUUCCCUUUGCCCAUCGCGCGCCAGUUUCGAGCCCACGGAAUCCACCCCCUUCGAAAAACACACCCACAAUUCCUUCGAGCAUUUCCUUCGCACAAACCGCGCGGCCCGCGCCAUCACACGCCACUCUAUCUCUCAUCAUUCUCUUAUUAUUAAUUAAAUUAAACAUUAAAAGAAAUGAAAUCAACUCGUUGUUAGUUACAAAGAAAAAAAUGCUAAUUUAAAAAAAUUAAAAAUAAUGAAACUCUAGCAGUAGUGAGAUGAAUCAACAAAGAACUAAAAUUUAGUAGAAGAAAAAAGAAGCCAGGAUAAGCGCAAGGAAGAUUGUUAACGGAAGAAGUGAAUAUAUUAGAAGAGAAUAAAAGUUGUUUUAAAUAUUGUUUUUAUUCCUUCCCACCCUUGUAUACUUCCCCUGUUUUGUUCCCAGAUUGUUUUUCCGUUCAGUCCCUUCGAAUUUCCGAUUCAGCGGAAAUUUCUCACCAUCCCCAACCUCCCACCGCUAAGUUUCCUUUUCUCACGCUACUCUAUCUCGUAGAGAACCGUUCCCGCCAUCGGUGGUGGAUCCUCAUCAAACCCAAGGUUUGUUUGUGGGCGACCCCGGGUACGGUCGCCCUGUUUUUUUUUUUCGUUUAAAUAGUAAGAUCUUAUUUAUUAGUGCAUAAAACAAAAUAAGCGAUAAAAUUGUUGAUUUUUUAUGCUGAGAAAAAAACCAACACUUUCAAACAGAUAAGAUACAAACAAUGAGAAUAAAACAAAACAACAACACGAAAUACUGAAGAAAAAACAAAUAAAAUACAAGCGUCUAACAAGAAAAAAAGUAUAUAGGAAGCAGAAAAAGUAAGCAACGCGUCACAUAAAACUGCCCGAUUGUUGUAAACUAAUUUAAAAAAAGAUGAAAAAAAAACAAAAAAGAAAAAAAUCGUAUUCAGCAAGAAGAGGUAAACCAUUUAAAUGUAAAGUGGAGAAUAACAAAAAAAAACCCGCAGAUAAACCAAGUUAGCUAAAUUUAAAGAAAAGCAGGCUAUUUGAAAUUAAUACCAAUAAAAUAAAGGAAAAAGAAGAAAACUCGUUAUGAAAAAAGCUGUAGAACAGAAACAACAAAACUCAACAGGCAUACACACCCACACACGCAGAGGAAAAAAAAUAAAGUUAAGAUUAAACGAAAUGACAUUUCUCUUCAUCCAAUACUUUUCCACACUGAGGACAACAUCACCGAAAGAAAAUAUACAACAACAACAGAGAUGAAUCAUGAAACAGUUUACUUCAGAGAAAAGAAAUACCAACAGACACAGAAACACAUACAUACACACACAUACACAUACACUCACACGAACACCUUCAAACCAAAUCACGAAUGAAGCUAGCAGAAAAAAAAAACAUUUGUCAAAAUAAAAAUCAGAACAAUAGUAUUUAACAGAAACGAUUAAUGAGUA